GUGCCUUGACGUCUCCUCUCCUCUGGUCUGUUUCAGCUGGUGCUGCCAGAGUAUCUCAUCCAUUUCUUCUUCUGCGUGAUGUUUCUGUGCGCGGCCGAGUGGCUCACCCUCUUCCUCAACUUGCCGCUGCUGGCUUAUCACGUCUGGAGGUAUACGAGCAGACCUGUGAUGAGCUGUCCAGGACUCUAUGACCCGACUACCAUCAUGAAUGCCGACAUCCUGGCCUAUUGUCAAAAAGAAGGCUGGUGCAAACUGGCUUUCUACCUCCUCUCAUUCUUCUACUAUCUCUACGGAAUGAUCUAUGUUCUGGUGAGCUCCUAAAGACGUGGAGGGAAACGGACCGAGCCGUACAGUAGAUGACCAGACACUAUGAUCCAAGUGCUGGAACACUGGACCUGCUGGAGACCACUGAUGAGCAACACGAGCCGUCAUUUCAAGUGGAUGAGCCCCCCCGACAAACACACACUCACACACACAGUGCAGAGAGUCAUUCUGGAAACUUCUAACCUCUUUAAAGACUAUCUUGGUCGCAGCGUUUCCGUCAAAGCACUACAACUUAAAAAAAAAUAGUCUGGAAAUACGGACAAAUUUCAAUGGACAAGUUCAUCUUUUUUUUUUUAAUGCUUGAGAUUAAAUAAAAAUAGUUUUCCAUCUUU